AUGGAGGCGAAAGAGAAACACACGGGGAUGACAGAGGGACAUAUGGGGGUGACAGAGGGACAGAAGGGGGGCAACAGAGGGACACAAGGGGGCGACAGAGGGACACUGGGGGGGCAACAGAGGGACACGGGGCGACAGAGGGACACGCGGGGGCAACAGAGGGACACACGGGGGCGACAGAGGGACACGGGGGCAACAGAGGACACAGGGGGCGACAGAGGGACACGCGGGGAACAGAGGGACACACAGGCAGAGGGACACGCAGCAACAGAGGGACACACGGGGGCGACAGAGGGACAAUGCGGGGCAACAGAGGGACACACGGGGGGCGACAGAGGGACACGCGGGGGGCAAACAGAGGGACACACGGGGCGACAGAGGGACACGCGGGGGGCAACAGAGGGACACACGGGGCGACAGAGGGACACACGGGGGCAACAGAGGGACACACGGGGCGACAGAGGACACAGCAGGGGCAACAGAGGACACACGGGGCGACAGAGGACACACGGGGGCAACAGAGGGACACACACGGGGCGACAGAGGGACACACGGGGGCGACAGAGGGACACACGGGGGCAAAGAGAGGGACACAGGGGCGACAGAGGACACGCGGGGGCAACAGAGGGACAACAGGGGCGACAGAGGACACGCGGGGGCGACAGAGGUACACACAGGGACAGAGGGACAAAAGGGGCAACAGAGGGACACACAAGGGACAGAGGGACACACGGGGCAAACAGAGGACACACGGGGGGACAGAGGGACACACAGGGCAACAGAGGGACACACGGGGCGACAGAGGGCACAGAGGGAACACACACGGGGGCGACAGAGGACACACGGGGCAACAGAGACACACGGGCGACAGAGGGACGCACGGGGCGACAGAGGAUACACAGGGGCCAGAGGGACACACGGGGCGACAGAGGGACACACACAGGGGGCAACAGAGGGACACACGGGGGCGACAGAGGGACACGUGGGGGGCAAACAGAGGGACACACGGGGCGACAGAGGGACACACGGGGCAAACAGAGGGACACACGGGGGCGACAGAGGGACACACAGGGGGCAACAGAGGGACACACGGGGCGACAGAGGGACACGCGGGGGCAACAGAGGGACACACAGGGGCGACAGAGGGACACACGGGGGCAACAGAGGGACACACGGGAGCGACAGAGGGACGGGGCAACAGAGGGACACACGGGGGCGACAGAGGGACACACAGGGGCAACAGAGGGACACACGGGCGACAGAGGGACACGCAAAGCAACAGAGGGACAGACGGGACGAUAG